AAUUUGUGCGCUUCACUAUGCUUCAGUAUUUUCGCUAAAAGGAAAUCUUCUCUCUCUAAACCGGGGUGGGCGAAGCAACUAUGAGAGAGAGAGAGAGAAAGGAAGAGCCUUUAUUCUCUUCUCUUCGCUUCUUCUUAUCCUUCCCUUAACACUGCAAUUUAGCUCCCUUUAUUUUCCUUUUACUUUCUCUAUAUUUGGACUUUUAUAUUUCUCAUCACUCAAUUCAGGAUGAUCGAUUUUGCUCGCGUACAAAAAGAACUUCAAGAAUGCAGUAGAGACAUAGAAGAGUCUGGCAUCAAAGUCACCCCUAAGUCCGAGAAUAUUGCUCGCUUGACCGGCACCAUUCCUGGACCAAUGGGCACUCCUUACGAGGGUGGCACUUUCCAAAUUGACAUUUCACUUCCGGAUGGAUAUCCUUUCGAGCCUCCCAAAAUGCAGUUCACAACAAAAGUCUGGCACCCUAAUAUUAGCAGCCAGAGUGGGGCAAUUUGCCUGGACAUUUUGAAAGAUCAAUGGAGCCCAGCACUCACUCUAAAGACAGCACUACUUUCUGUCCAAGCAUUACUCUCUGCUCCUCAACCUGAUGACCCUCAAGAUGCUGUAGUAGCACAACAGUACCUUAAAGACUAUCAGACUUUUGUUGGCACAGCCCGUUACUGGACAGAAACUUUUGCCAAGAUCUCAUCUCUUGGGGUUGAGGAAAAGGUGCAGAAACUUGUUGAGAUGGGCUUCCCUGAAGCAUUGGUCAGGAGUACGCUGGAUGCUUUUGGUGGUGAUGAAAACUUGGCACUUGAAAAGCUUUGUUCUGGCUAAGAAAGGAUUGGAAGCCAAUGCUUAUUGUUUUAUCAAGAUGCAGAAGGUUCAUACGAGUAUAGGGUUUCCUAAUUUAGUCUCUGUUGAACAUGGCUGCUGAUGAAGCCGGAUCACAUUAAUGGGUUGCAUCGAACACCAUAUGGAUGGAGUAGCUAAAAUCUAAAUUAUGUUGCUAGUAGCUUGUAAACUAAAUGAAAAUUUUAAUGUUCUAACGUGGCUCUAUUUAGUUUUCAUCAACUAAACUCUUUAUCUAUUGCUUUAUUUCAUUGCUCAA